AUGCCAGCGGCCGUUGUGGCACCAUCUGCGCCCGCGCCGAGCCUUGCUCACCUUGCCCGCCAGGCGGCGGCCGAGUGGGAGCGCGAGGUCGAAUCCCCGUACUUCGUCCGCGUUGGAGCCCGGCACGCCAGCGUGGAGGAGGACAAGCGCUCCUUGCGGGAGGCUUUUGAGCGGGUGAUCCAGCCGAUCUACGGCGACCAGAGGAAGGCUCUGCAUCAGAUCUUCCAAGAUGGAGACAGGGAGGCCCGCUUGCUGAAGCACGGGGGCCGCAGCGUGGGUGUCCUUGUGUUCAAGAACUACCCCGUGACAGAGGACUGGGAGAAGAUGUGUGCCGUCCAUGACAGCUUGGAGAUCAAGAGCUUGUUUGUAGUCGACCCUGAGAAAGACUCGGGGAAGGGAUACGGCAAGCUCCUGCUGGCAGAGGCGAAGGCUGCUUGCUCUGAGCUCGGGCUGGAGCGCAUGCAUGUGACCGUCAAUGACCACGCCAAGGGAAGCAAGGGCUUCCUCCUCCAUGGCGGCUUCCAGGAGGCUGGCAGGGCCGCCGUGAGGCACACGCAGAUGGCCAGCGUGGAGACCUUGUUGGUCUGGGAGUCGUGA